CUUCCCCCGUACCCGUACUAUUUUGGACCAGCGACGAAAUUUUCCCGGAGAAAAUAAACCCAUAAUCGGAGUUAGUUUAUUUGCCUGUGACUCCUGACUCCAUAAAAACUUGGCGGCAACGGGUUCAGAAGCAAAUUCGUGCGAAGCACAAUGGGGGUUCACGGUCUGUGGGAGCUCUUGGCACCAGUCGGCCGCCGGGUCUCUGUCGAAACCCUCGCGGGGAAAAGACUCGCAAUCGAUGCGAGUAUAUGGAUGAUACAAUUCAUGAAGGCGAUGAGAGAAGAGAAGGGGGAAAUGGUGCGAAAUGCUCAUCUGCUUGGAUUUUUUCGUCGAAUUUGCAAGCUACUGUACCUCCGCACCAAACCAGUCUUUGUCUUUGAUGGCGGCACGCCGGCUCUCAAGCGCCGAACCGUGAUUGCUCGCCGCCGUCAGCGGGAGAAUGCUCAGGCUAAGAUUCGUAAAACUGCCGAGAAAUUGCUCCUCAACCAUCUCAAGUCAAUGAGGUUGAAAGAACUGGCUGCGGACCUUGAGAACCAGAGGAAAACAAAUGAUUCCAAGGGUAAAUGUGUUGUCUCCGAGGACACGAUCACUGUACAGGACAUGCCAGAAGGAAAUGGUUUUUCUACAAAUAUUGAGAAACAACAGAACAUGGAUGAUUUAAAGGGUAAAAAGGUUGUUCUGGAGGAUACUGAUGCCUUGGAGGACAUUUUGCAAGGGGAUGGUGUAGCUGCCAAGAGUUAUAAUAAUCAGGAAGAAAUUGAUGAGAUGCUGGCAGCAUCCCUAGCCGCAGAGGAUGAUGAAAGUUUUUUCCCUGAUGCAUCUACAUCUGGUGCUGGUCCUGCCAAAGAUGAGGAUGAUGAUGAAGACGAAGAGAUGAUACUCCCAGAAAUGCAUGGGAAAAUUGAUCCUUCUAUUUUAGCUGCUUUACCUCCAUCCAUGCAACUUGAUCUCCUUGUCCAGAUGAGAGAGAGAUUGAUGGCAGAAAAUAGGCAAAAGUAUCAAAAAGUGAAGAAGGUCCCAGAGAAGUUCUCAGAAUUGCAGAUACAGGCUUACCUUAAAACAGUUGCCUUCCGGCGUGAGAUUGAUGAAGUGCAAAAAUCUGCUUCUGGGAAGGGAAUAGGUGGUGUAAAGAUUUCACGUAUUGCAUCCGAGGCCAAUCGAGAAUUUAUUUUCUCAUCAUCUUUUACAGGAGAUAAGCAAGUCCUUACAUCUGCUGGAGAAAACCAAAAUAAGAAUAACCAAAUGGAAACAUCAAGGGAAAACAAUUCGGCGAGUAUGGUCAGUGAUCUUGCUGCCCAGAAAUCCAGUGUGGCACUAGAAUCUUUUGUUGAUGAACCCGAAAAGGACUUUCAUGAUGAUGUGGAAACAUAUCUGGAUGAGAGGGGCCGAAUUCGAGUCAGCAGAUUGAGAGCCAUGGGGAUCCGUAUGACUCGUGAUCUGCAAAGGAACCUGGAUUUGAUGAAAGAGAUUGAGCAGGAGAGGGUGGUCCAAAAUGAAGAUGCUUGUAACUUGCCUACUGCUCCCACUUUUAGCAGCGAAAAUGCUAAUGCCCAUGGAAAUGGCUGUGAAAAGAUCCAGAAUUUGAACUCUUCUCAUAUAGAUCAUGAAAGGAUGACUUGUGAUAAAGUAGAAAAUGCAGAGUCUCUUUUGAAAAGUGGAACUUCACUUGAGAUAUCUUUUGAAGAUAAACAGGAACGUAAUUGUGGUGAUGAUGAUGAUCUAUUUGCUAGUUUAGUGGGAGGGGAUCCAAUAAUAGACUUCUCCGUUAAUGAUUCCCCAGUAAAGAAACAAUCUACAGACUCUGCUUCAGAUGUUGAUUGGGAGGAAGGAGUUACUGAAGAGAAAUUUGGCAUGUUAAGCAGUAACUUUCCUGGGCAGAGUGAACCUGCUCUGACAGAAGGUGGUGGCUUGAAUGAUGAGAGUGAAGUGGUGUGGGAGGAAGGACAUUCAGCUAUUCAUAAGGAUGCAUUCUUGUGUCCAUCUGAAGGGACAAAUGCUUCUAAAGGUGACUUGGAAGAAGAAGCUGAUUUUCAAGAAGCAAUAAGAAGAAGUCUCCAGGAUUUAAAAGAUCAAAGAUCAGUUGAAGAAUCAUCUCCAGAUGAUUUAUCCAGAAAAGUUAGUGGAGAAGGUAAUAUAGGGACAAUUAUUGAGUCAGAUUUGCAAGAAAAAUAUUGGUCAAAACCUAAACUUUCAGAAAAUGAAAUCCUUCAUCAGCCAGAUAUUCUUUCUAAAGCUGCAACACAUUUCAAGACAAAUGAUGCCACAGAUGGGCUGGAAAUUGCAGAGGUCAAUAAUUGCUUAAAUACCCAUUUGGGGUCAGAAUUUAGAGAUAAUCUGGGGCAGGGGAAGAUAUUGAAUGGAAAAGUGUGCUCUGACACAGCAGAUACGAAUAAUGGCUUAGAGACCCAUUUGACUCCACCAAUUAGAGAUAGCCCUAGGCAAGGGGAAAUACUGACGGGGAGCACACAUUCUGAGUCUCACUUACAAGAUCUUGGUGGAAGUGGCAAUUUGAAUUCAAAAAUUCUGGAGGAAACAUGCAUUGAUGUUGAAGGAAUAGGAGAGCAUAUGAUUGAAGUGCAGGGUACAGACACCAUCAAUGAGGUGGUUGAAGGCACCGAUAAUUCUUCUGGUGUUACAUUGUUUGCAAGACUGGAGUCCAGAUUGCAUGAUUCAAGUCUUUCUGAUGCUCAAGAAAAGGGGUUUGAAGCAGCAUCAGAUGAUCAUGCAUGUGACAUGACAGAACUAGGGAAAACAUGCCCAUCAAUACCAAUUACAGACACUUGCAAUGCACAAAGAAUAAAUAAGGAACCAGAGCAUGAUGAUGGAGUAGGAAAAAGAGAGGAGUCCUUGGGUUCGUCUGUUGUUGGGAGUAUUCAGAAAGAUACAGCAGAAAGUUUGGUGGAAGAAAUGCUUAUAUUAGGGCAGGAGCGUAAAGAACUGGGAGAUGAGCAGAGGCGCCUUGAGCGCAAUGCGGAAUCUGUAACCAGUGAAAUGUUUUCAGAAUGCCAGGAAUUGCUUCAAAUGUUUGGCUUACCGUAUAUUAUUGCACCUAUGGAAGCUGAGGCUCAAUGUGCAUAUAUGGAACUGGUCAACUUAGUUGAUGGUGUGGUCACUGAUGACUCUGAUGCAUUCUUGUUUGGUGCUCGAAGUGUGUAUAAAAAUAUAUUUGAUGGUCGCAAAUAUGUGGAGACAUAUUUAAUGAAGGAUGUUGAAAAUGAGCUUGGAUUAGACAGAGAGAAAUUAAUCCGUAUGGCAAUGCUGCUUGGGAGUGACUAUACUGAAGGGGUGAGUGGGAUUGGUAUUGUUAAUGCUAUCGAAGUUUUAAAUGCAUUUCCUGAGGAAGAUGGUCUUCAUAAGUUUAGGGAGUGGGUUGAAUCACCUGAUCCAACCAUUUUAGGGAAGAUUGAUAGCAAAUCACAUGCACAUCAUGGGAAUGAUGACUGUAUUCUUCAGUCAGUGGAUGAAGGUCAAAAGAUCAAGCAGAUAUUCAUGGAUAAACAUAGAAAUGUUAGUAAAAACUGGCACAUUCCUUCUUCUUUUCCAAGUGAUGCCGUAGUUUCAGCUUAUGAUGCUCCACAAGUUGACAAGUCAACAGAACCUUUCUCAUGGGGGAAGCCAGAUGUUUCUGUACUUCGCAAGUUAUGUUGGGAAAAGUUUGGAUGGACUGUUCAGAAGACGGAUGAGUUGCUAACACCUGUACUGAAGGAGUACAAUAAACACGAGACUCAACUUCGCUUGGAAGCAUUCUACGCUUUCAAUGAAAGAUUUGCAAAAAUUCGUAGUAAGAGGAUAAAAAAAGCAUUGAAAAGUAUGACAGGCAACUGCUCAUUGGAAUUGAUGGAUGAUGCUGCAGAAGAUGUGAAUGCAAGGAGAAGGAAACAAAAAGUGAACCCUAAUGAUGAGAAGGGGACUAACUUAGAGACUGACUCAGUAGGAGUACAGUCUGCUGGUGGUGAUGAGAUUAAGACUGCAAAAGAAUCACCUGGAAAGCAGCCCAGAAAAAGUAAGGGAGAGCGCUUACAGAGUGGAGGAGCAGCUAAAAGGCAGAAAGGAAGUAAAGAAUCAAAUGCUAAGCGAAGACCGAAAGGACAAGAGCGAAUAGUAUCCGUUGGUAAGGAAAGGAAGAGGAAGAAUUCUUGUUCCAGAUCUAAUGACACCAGCUCCUCCACAGAUAAAACUAACAGUGAUGAAGAGCAAGAAACAGAAAUUGAGAAGCUUGAAGUGUCACAAGUACGAAGGUCAGAGCGGCCGCGUAAAGUAGUGAGUUACACUGAUCUAGAAGAUGAGCAUAACAAAGUUGAACAUUCUUUUAGUGAAGAGGCAAUGAAGAGAGAGUUGGUUCAAGAUCCUAGCUAUGCUCAAGGUUCCCCUGGUGACUUGGGCAAAAUAAAUGAGGAUGUGUUCAAAGGUGAAGAAUUCUUAAUGGCCUCCCUUGAUACAGGUGGUGGUUUCGGCAUGGAUGGGACAGAAAUGGAAUCAGUUAGUGCUCAAUUGGUUUGUGGCGAUGAUAACAAUCCUGUUUCUGGGGAUCAAUCAUCCAAAGACUACCUUAUGUCUGGAGGUGGAUUUUGUUUGGAGGAAGAUGACACAAACACAGAAUUGGGAGAUUUUGCUCUUGGUACAAUACCAGAGGAAAACUCUGAUUUUUCACACCAAUCUUCUAUUCAAGAAGAAAAUCUAGAAACUGAUCUAGUAGAUGAAUUGGAUUCCAACCAAUUGAAUAAAGAGGAGACUAUGCGUGCUUCUGAAACUGAGCCAAAUCUUAAUGAAGAUAGCCCCAAGGUGGCAAUUCCUCAGGAAAACAUUGUGGAGGAUGAUUUAAUAACUGGUUCUGUAAAAUCUCUUCGUGCAAUGCCCAACUUAAGAAAGAAAAGAAGGAAGGUUUAAUAUUCCUUUCACUUCAAUCCUGUGUAUUUGGAGUAUUGAAUUUUGAUGUGUUUGCUGGUUGUUUAUGCUGCAAGAUAGCUCCCGGGCCGGGGCCGCAAGCUUUGGUAUUUAUAUCCUUGCACCUUACUGUUUGCCCGCCCCCGCCCUUGUGAUGCUCAGCCCAGGAAACUAUCUAUAUUCCGAUCCACCUUAAUCCAAUUUUUUAUGUUACAACCUUAUUUGAUGAUUUA